AAUUUAAGUCUUCAUAGCGCCAAAUACGACGAACAAGGUUUUCGGGCUGAGUAGCUGCACCAUAUCAACUCGAAUUCGCCCCGUCAACUACUUUCCUACUGACUAGGUGAAAAAUAAAUAACUGAAAAUUACAGUUUCUUAAUGGGUGUUACAUCAUUUCUAUAGUCUAUCUCAAACAGGCUAUGUCAACUCCAAUUUCUAGUCUAAACAGUUUAUUUUCAUUCACAUCUCCUGCUGUAAAAAGACUUCUUGGUUGGAAACAAGGAGACGAAGAGGAAAAAUGGGCUGAAAAAGCUGUUGAUUCACUUGUAAAAAAACUUAAAAAGAAAAAGGGUGCACUUGAAGCUCUAGAGCGAGCUUUGAGUAAUCCUGGUGAACCUUCAGAAUGUGUUACUAUUCCCCGAUCCCUCGAUGGUCGGCUUCAAGUUUCUCAUAGGAAAGGGUUACCCCAUGUAAUCUACUGUCGAGUAUGGAGGUGGCCAGACUUACAAAGCCAUCAUGAGUUGAAACCUCUUGAUUUCUGCCGUUUCCCAUUCUCAGCUAAAGAAAAUGAAGUUUGUAUUAACCCUUAUCACUAUCAGCGAGUUGAAAGUCCGGUUUUGCCUCCAGUCCUUGUUCCUCGACAUAGUGAAUACCCUAGUCUUAGCACUGUAACUCCAUCACCGGGUUUAUCACACUGUGGAAGCAGUGGAAUUUCUAGUUCCCGUUCAGCAUCUAAUCUGGGAAUGUUCCCGAUGACAGACUCAGCAAUGCCUUACAAUGUAAAUUAUCCACACAACUUCAGUCAUUCUCCGUCUCUUCCUCCCGGAAACAGUGGAACGUCUACAGACAGCGCAGUUGCUGGACCUAUCCAUUCACUUAAUAGCUCAAAUCUUCAGUCCAGUUACCAAACUCAACCCAAUCAAGACCCGGCUACCUCUGGACAAACUAUGCAUCCAGUCAAUUAUCAAGAACCGAAAUACUGGUGCUCCAUUGUUUAUUAUGAACUAAAUAAUCGUGUCGGUGAAGCAUUUAACGCUUCACAAUUAAGCAUAAUCAUUGAUGGUUUUACAGACCCAUCAAAUAAUUCAGAUCGUUUUUGUCUUGGUCUUUUGUCGAAUGUAAACCGAAAUUCUACAAUCGAGAAUACAAGACGUCAUAUUGGAAAAGGUGUUCAUCUUUAUUAUGUUGGUGGUGAAGUAUACGCUGAAUGUUUAUCAGAUAGUAGUAUAUUUGUACAAUCACGUAAUUGUAAUUAUCAUCAUAAUUUUCAUCCAACUACAGUGUGUAAAAUCCCACCUGGUUGUUCAUUAAAAAUAUUCUCAAAUCAAGAAUUUGCUCAUCUACUCAGUCGUACAGUUCAUCAUGGUUUUGAAGCUGUUUAUGAAUUAACUAAAAUGUGUACAAUACGUAUGAGUUUUGUAAAAGGGUGGGGUGCUGAAUAUCAUCGACAAGAUGUUACAUCUACUCCAUGUUGGGUUGAAAUCCAUUUGAAUGGUCCAUUACAAUGGCUCGAUCGUGUACUUACACAAAUGGGUACACCAAGAAAUCCGAUUUCAUCGGUUUCAUAAAUCUCAUAUUGUUAAUUACUUUAUCGCUCUUAAUGGAUAUUGAUUCUGGGACAAAAGAUGAAUAAUGUAUGAUGUAUACAUGUCUAGGAUUCUCAUCGGAAAAGAAUACAUUAUUCUUCUUUCUUAUUUUAUUUCUGCAUUAAGAUCAUAAAUAACCUCACUUAUUUAUACUAUCAGUAUUAACAAAUCAUCAUUGCAAUCUAAAAUUCACUUCAUAAGAUAGAGCUUCUUAUCAGCAUGAAGCACACGAAAAGAACACGGAAAUAGUGAGUGAAAAACAGCGCCAUUCUCGUUUCUAUUAUUUAUUUGUAUUUCUGCAUAUAUCUUCUUACUAUUUACAUUAGUUAUUGAUAUUUUGUGUGUGUUCGUACAGCGCCUUCUGAAAAUGCUAAUCACAUUGUUAUGUUUAUUGUUUAUCAUUGGGGUCUUUCUCUUUUCUUCAUCUUUCCUUUUAUCGUUUUUGUUUUAAUUGUUGGGUAAACAUUUCAAGUCUACUUUUUCAAUCACUAUAUUGAUGUAGGUAGACGACAGUGUGAACUGUUUUGGAAUGAUUGUAAUAUAAAACAUAACUGUCGCAUAUUUGUAUUAUUUUCACGCUCAUCUCUGGAGGUAUAUAUAUAUAUGCCUUAACUUUUUUAUUCACAUUAGACUGACUGCAUACAUGCAUUCACGCGUAUAGUUGAUUCCCUUUUUUAAAAAUAACUUCAUAUGUAUAUAAUAACAUACAAGUGAAUCUUUUGUUCUCUGAAUGUGUCACAUAGUGCUUUGAAUUUCAUCAGUUUUUUCUCUGCAUUUAUUUAUCAUAUCAUUUUAAUAAUUAAGUACAAGAAGUAGUAAAUUUUAUCACCAUCUAGUUGUGCAAUUUUUAUCUACAAUGUUAUCCUUUAUUCAGAGGAACUUUUCACUUGUAAUUGUUUUUAAUAUGAAAAUUUUAAUAAUUGACCAACUAAUUUAUUUACUAAUCUGUUCCCAUGUCUAUAUCAUUUUUAUUUUAUUGUAUUGUAGGUAGCGUUCGAUUUAAAAAUGAAUAAAAAUUAAUCAUCAUUAAAUAUCUACUACUAUUUCAUUCAAAGACUUGGUAAUACUUAAUAAAUAUGUAACGAGCGCCUUUUUGUUUUAUUAAUUAGUCAAAUAGAUGUUCUAUUUUCUACACUUAUCUAAUAAGACCUUUUUCUUACUUUGUCCCUCUUAUAUUAUUUUAUUUUCCUAAUUAUGGCAGCUUCGUUAUGAAAGACAGGUUGAUUCAUUUUUAUCUGUCUGGAUUUGUCUGCACAUUUAAUUAUUAAUUGUGUUCGACGUUUUGUCGGUUUUCAUCUUACACUCCCUCUCCACCUGUCAUGUAAAAUUUUUAUACAAAAUAGACGACCAUCUUUAUAAUUAAUCGUUUUUUUUUACAAAAUACUGUCUCAGUUGACCUCGGAUAUAAAAAAAUUCGUAUGAAUUCAAUGUUGAAUUCUCUGUUACUCUUAGUUUGGUUGUUUAAUAUAAAAAUAGUGCUACGUUAUAAUUUUCAGUGUAGAAUAUUAAAUAGAGUAGCUAGUAAUUUUCCUCUGA